CGCAUCAUGGAUGAGUUACUGCUAAACUCCAACUUGCGACUCUAUUUUUCCGCACAAUUCAUUUCUGAGUAUAACUUCAUUGGUGCUGAGAUAUUUGCAAAACUCCGGACCGGAGGUCCUAUACUGCGGGAGAAACCGACUACACCGUUCAUCGUUUUACCGGAAGAAGCCAGAUUUGCACCGUUGGUGAAGAAAAGCAGAUUUGCACUCGACAUAGGAGGAACGUUGGUCAAGCUCGUUUAUUCUACAGUCUGUGAGCGUAGCAUUGGCGGUGAGCCAGAUGUGCUUCUUAAUUUCAAGAAGUUCACAGGAAUAGAAGCAUGCCUGGAGUUCAUCAAAGAAAAUUGGCACGACCGUGUAUCCGAUGAUGUCUUACACUGUACAGGCGGUGGAUCAUUCAAAUACGCCGAAAUGAUGCACAAAUCUUUGGGAGUGAAAGUUAAACGAACGGACGAAAUGAGAUCUCUUAUCUUUGGAUGUGAUUUCCUUUUGAAAAAUAACGAAGACGAAUCAUUCACAUACCACCACGAAGCUGUGGGAAUAGAACGAUAUCAGUACAAACCAAUAGACACUGAUUCGAUCUACCCGUUCCUGCUGGUGAACAUUGGUACUGGAAUUUCCGUUCUUAAAGUUGAUUCGCAAUCGACGUUUCAACGAGUUGGCGGUAGUUCUAUGGGGGGUGGUGCGUUCAUUGGUCUCGGGCAUCUAUUGACGUCAGCUCAAAAUUUCGACGAUCUUCUGCUAAUGGCGGAGAAGGGUGAUCAUCGAAAAUGUGACACAUUGGUGUGCGAUAUUUAUGGAGGCUCGUAUGAGAAUUUAAAUCUACCCGGUGAUUUGAUUGCUGGUUCGUUUGGGAAGUGCAGUCGGAUCGGUAAACAUUCUUCAGAAUCAGACAUUGCUAAAUCACUACUGCUAAUGAUCAGUAACAAUAUUGGACAGGAACCCGGCGUUUUCAUUAGGAAGCGCAGCUAA